UAUCCUCGAGAGGAGCCUUCAGGAGGUCCCCGGAAGGGCAGCGGUAAGUAACGGCAUAGCGCACAGUUCUCAUAUGUUCGAGUGAGUCCCCAGGGUUCACCCAGAAGGCUUCUCCCUUCCUCGCCGGUGUGCGUGUGUGCAGGCUGCUACUGGGGCGAAGUAGUACGUACCUACCCCCCCACCAUAUAUUCCAUCCACUGAUCUCCAACCAACGGUAGGUACGCGCAGCGCACCACAAGGACGUUCGAACACGCACCAACACGCGUAAGUUCACCCUCACAGAUCUGACUGGGUGUCUGAUCUGUUCUCUGGUCGGGAACACACAGAUCCUUUCCUUCAAGGUGGCACGAGCACACGACAGGAGAGCCAACAGGGGCAAUGAGCUCACCAUCAGAUGACCCAGAGGCCGGCCUGGUGACAACUCAGGUGUCCGCAGAGAGCGGCGGCCUCAAGAGCAUCACCAUGGCCAUCCCGGACACCGUGGUCGAGGAGCCGGAUGACGACCCAGAGGUCGAUCCUCCCGUCCCCCCGCACCUCAAGCAGCCUCCGAGCGACUCGGGGAGCGUCCCCAAGCGCGCUCUGACCAGGAUGGAGACCGUGGUCAAGCAGACCUCGAGGGCUUCCUGCAUGGCGAGCAGGGUGGCGCUGAACAUCGCCUUUGGCCUGGCGGUGCUGGUGGUGGUGCUGCUCGUCGCGUAUGGCAUCUCAGAGCUGGUCAAGCUGGGCGAGGAUGACAAGUAGCGAGUGGCGUGGUGUGGGUGAGUGUAUUUGUUGCCGUGAUGAUCAGUCAGUUGAUGUGGUGGAAGAUUGAUCGAUCAGUCGUGUGCGUGUCCGUGUCAUCAUCAAUCAGGCCUGGGUCAGUCAGUCACCAAGCCGUCUGUCUGUCUGUCUGUCUCACGUGUAGCGCUUUAUCCAUCCAUCUAUCUCAUCUCAUGUGUGUCCAUACAAUAUGUGUCUUUGUCCACACACAUACAUUCCACUGGGGGAGCCUCCAUGCCAUCCAUCCAUCUAUCUAUCUAUUCACAUACCUGAGUACUUACAUACGGGCGGGGACCACUUCACUUGACUUGACUUCACUCCACUUGGGUGGGCUUCACUGAUUGAUUAUUGCCUUUAUUGGGUGCGUGCCGUGCAUGGCUUCGUUGACAGCGUCCGCAUUCGCGUG